AUGCAGCCAAACGUUGAGGUUAUCAACCUACCCACAGGCGUUUCUCUCGAAACUAUUCUUUCAAAGCCACCACCCACCACCCAUUCAGAGGGAACGAAAUUAGCCAUAUGUCUCCACCCUUGGUCCUGGCUCGGUGGUCGAAUGCAGGAUCCUGUCCUUGACUCUCUGGUCGAUCCGUUACUUUCCAAGAACUACCAUGUCCUCCGAUACAAUUCGCGAGGCGUCGGCAGGUCGACUGGCCGAGCGUCGUUCACUGGUUUUGACGAGGCAAAGGACUUGGAAGCCAUAAUACGUUGGACACUUGAUCAUCUUUCCAACGUUAGCUCCGUCGUUAUAAUUGGCUACUCCCAUGGCUCCCUAAUUGCCUCCCUCCAACCACCUCUCCCGGCUCCAGUACAAACCUCACACGUCCUACUAUCCUACCCCCUCGGUCCCAGAUCAUGGCUCACCUUGUUCCGAUCAUCAACAUACGCCCAGAGACUAGAGGACCUCAUCAAGUCCUCUACAUCCCGCGUGCUUGUGGUUUUCGGGGACCAGGAUGAGUUCACGUCCAUAUCGAGUUAUAGAACGUGGGUGGCUGAACUGGAGACUCAUUCUGGGACAAGUGACAGGCUGAAUAUCGUUGAAGUUGGGAAUGCUACUCAUUUCUGGCGCGGACAUGCUAAUGAACGACUUAAACAUGUACUACUGGAGUGGUUGCAAUAA